CCGAAAAACUCUCAACUUCAAGAUGGGAAACAGGCACAAGUUCACUGGGAAGAAAGUGACUGAAGAGAUUCUCUCAGACAACAGGUAUUUGCUGUUGAUUCUGAUGGAUGCAGAGAGAGCCUGGAGUUACGCCAUGCAGCUUAAACAGGAAGCAAACACAGAGCCUCGCAAACGAUUUCACUUGCUGUCUCGCCUGCGCAAAGCUGUGAAACAUGCUGAAGAGCUGGAGCGGCUGUGUGAAAGUAACCGAGUGGAUGCCAAAACAAAGCUGGAAGCUCAGGCAUACAUGGCUUACCUCACAGGAAUGCUUCAUUUUGAACACCAGGAGUGGAAGGCAGCAAUGGAGGCUUUCAACAAAUGCAAGACCAUAUAUGAAAAACUGGCCAAUGCUUUCACAGAAGAACAAGCUGUACUUUAUAACCAGCGUGUGGAAGAGAUCUCGCCCAACAUUCGCUACUGUGCCUAUAACAUUGGUGACCAGUCUGCUAUGAAUGAGUUGAUGCAGAUGAGACUGAGGUCUGGUGGCACUGAAGGUCUUCUUGCAGAAAAACUGGAGGCGCUGAUUACCCAAACUCGAGCAAAGCAGGCAGCCACGAUGAGUGAGGUGGAGUGGAGAGGAAGAACUGUUCCGGUGAAGAUCGACAAAGUGAGGAUCUUCUUGCUAGGGCUGGCCGACAAUGAAGCAGCGAUUGUUCAGGCAGAAAAUGAGGAGACAAAGGAGCGUUUGUUUGAAUCUUUGCUCAGUGAGUGUAGAGAUGCCAUUCAGGCUGUUCGCGAAGAUCUGAAACCAGACCAGAAGCAGCGGGAACACUCUCUGGAGAAUGAUUCUGGGAAGGUGUCCAAUAUCCAGUACUUACACAGUUAUUUGACUUACAUCAAGCUGUCGACAGCCAUCAAGCGCAAUGAGAGCAUGGCAAAGUCUCUGCAGAAGGCACUGCUGCAGCAGCAGCGGUCAGAAGAGGAUGGCAAGCGCACACCGCGGCCUCAGGACCUGAUCCGUCUUUAUGAUAUAAUUUUGCAGAACCUCGUGGAACUGACACAGCUUCCUGGCCUAGAAGAGGACAAGAACUUCCAAAAAGAGAUUGGAUUGAAGACACUCGUGUACAAAGCUUACAGGUGUUUUUUCAUUGCACAGUCCUAUGUCCUGGUAAAGAAAUGGAGUGAAGCUCUUGUUUUAUAUGAAAGAGUGCUGAAAUAUGCCCGUGAAGUUCAGUCGGGAGCUGGAGCCUAUACAAACAGCUUGAAGGAGCUGCCUGAUGUUCAGGAUCUGAUCACUCAAGUCAAUGCAGAGAAAUACUCCUUGCAAGCAGCAGCUAUAUUAGAUGCAAAUGAUACUCAUGAGACUGAGUCUCCAUCUCAGGUCAAGGAUGGCAAGCCACUCUCAGAACGGUUUGAAACUUUCUGUCUGGAUCCUUCUCUUGUCAGCAAGCAAGUCAGCCUCGUGCACUUCCCUCCAGGCUUCCAGCCCAUUCCAUGCAAGCCCUUGUUCUUUGACCUGGCCCUGAAUCAUGUUGCUUUCCCACCUCUGGAGGAUAAGGUGGAGCAGAAGGCCAAGAGUGGCCUCACGGGAUACAUAAAGGGCAUCUUUGGAUUCAAAAGUUAACCAGGACCGCCUAAGGAACAGAGAUUUUAUUCUGUAUUGAAGGAAAAGCUCCAAGAGUUUCUAGGACACAAAUAUCGAAACCAACAGAGGGAGGUUUUACCAUCUUCUUCCCUGUGUUCUGUGUAUGUGUCUGUGCACUUACAUUCUUUCCCAGUGUAUUAAAGACAAACAGUCUGUUCAGAAACAUAUGUACACUGUAAGUAGCUGAAAAUAGUCUGGAGCACAGAGAAAUUUCAUUCCGCUUGGAGAAGUUGGAGCUUGCUUUGUGACCAGUGGCCUGUUCAGGGCUGGUACACAUCUACUUACCAUGGACCAGGGCAUAGGCAUAACGUGAUUCCUCCCCCCACCC